AAAUAAUACGUCUUUUUUUUAUCAUAGUAGAACACAAAUAUGAAUUUAGUAGCUUUAAUUUAGAGAACUUUGUUCACGCGGACAGAUAUGUUAAGAUUCUAUGAAGAUUUAUUCUUUAGUGCAGCGCUCGGUAGUUUCGUUUCAGCGCAGAGGUAUGGUAGAAAGAAAAAUAUGUGCUACAUAUUAACAUGUGUAGAAGAUCAUAAAACUAGAAUAUAUACAUCUGCUAAAUUUUGGGGCCCUCAAUUUUUGAGGCCCUGUGCGAGCGCACGGCUUGCACAUGCCCUAGGCCCGGCCCUGUGUUCAACUAAUAGCAACUAGCAAGUAAACACUCACAAACAAAGUGGAAUGAAAUGUGCAAUAGUCCACAAGCACAAGCAUAACACAAAAACAACUAAAGUGAAAUGCAAUGUCCACAACCACAAAGGCACAAACAUAGCACAAAAGCAACUAAAGUAGAAUACAAUGUCCACAAUUGCAAGCACACAAGCGUUAUUCAAUCUCCCUCUAUCAUAUCUCAAUAACCAUCAUCCAAAUCAUCUAUACCACCAUCAUUCUUGACUUUGUCUUGCUCAUCAUCAUAGCCAACACUAUUGUUUGUUGCUUCAUCAUCAUAACCAAAAUCAGAGGAGAAUGUGAGCAGAUCAAUCGGGAAGGGGAGAAGGAUGAGAGCAGGGGCAGGGGAAGCAAAGGGAGGCAGUGGCGAGCGUGAACGGCAAAGGGACAACGAGCAGAGACAACAAGCUAGAGCACUGGAGUGGCGAGCACGAGCGCUGAGCAGGGCUGUUAGCCAGAUACGGAGCGAUGGUGGCGAGCGCCGAGCAGCAUAGGGAGGUAGCGGCGACGCCGAGCCUGAGCAGGACAAGAAGCGAGCAUGGCCAACGCAGGGAGCAACGCAGGGAGGAGGGGAGGGAGGCAGCGAAGCCCAGGGACGCUUGAGGACGGAGCAAACUCGUGGUCCGUGAUGGCUGGGGCGCGUCCGUGACGUUUGGAGAAGGACGUCAUUGUUUUAGGUUAGGAGAAAUUGGCUGGGUUGGAAAUCUGAAAAGCGACAAAACGUGGCCUUUUUACGGUCUAGAGCGUUUUAACGCUAAAAAGUGGCGCUUUAGCGCUUAAAACGAGCGCUUUACGUCGAUUCGUGAAACGUUACAACGCUUUACCACCUCAGUAGCGCUUUAGCACUUAAGCGCCUUUUUAAUAACACUGGUAGUUGUGUCGAAGUCAACAACAACAAAGCCUCUUAGUCCCGAGCAAGUUGGGGGAGGGAUGACAAUGGGGAAUUUCUCGUCGAGGAAUACCUCCCCAUCCCCGUCCUCGUGACGAAAAAAAUUCCCACGGGGAUCCCCACGAACACUUGCGGGGGAGGUUUCUUCCCCAUCCCCGUUCCCCGCGGGGAUAAAUCUCCGGCGGGGAUCCCCGUUCCCGCUUAAAUUAUAAUUAGGAUGUACAUUCUUUGUUAUCAAUGUAAAACAUUGUCACUUAUACACAUUGUCAGAUAAAUCAUUAUAUGUACAUCAAAAUGAACACAUCUGUACAAUGAGUAAUCUCUUGACAAGAUAAUUAUUUAUUUUUAUCAAUAACUAUUUCAUGAAAACAUCGUCACAUGCAAAUUUAAUGGGUCCUCAUCCCCGUCCCCUAUUAGAUGAAUUCUUCGCGGGGCAUCGGGGAUCGGGUCCCCAUUGCCAUCCCUAGCUGGGGCAGACUAUAGUUAAAACCCAAUGAAACCCACAUGUCAAUAUUCAGGCACAUGUAUAGUUAUUUUCCGCGCACUCCUAUUCAAAGUUAAAUUUUUGGGUGUAGUCCAUCCUUUUAGGUCUCCUUUUAUUACCUCUUCUCAUGUCAACUUUGGUCUUCCACUUCCUCUCUUCCUAUUGCUACCACGUCUUAGGAUUCCACUACGCAACUGGUGUUUCUAGAGGUCUCUAUUGGACAUGUCCAAACCAUAUCGACCGAUGUUGGACAAGCUUUUCUUCAUGGUGCUACCCCUGUCCUUCCAAACUCGAUCCCUUCUUAUAUGGCCACAAAUCUAACACAACAUACACAUUUCCCCAAUGCUUAUUUGCUGAACAUGUUGUCUUUUUGUAGGUCAACAUUUUGCACCAUACAAUAUAACACGUCUAAUCGCCGUCAUAUAAAACUUGUCUUUUAGCUUCUGUGGUACCCUCUUGUCAUAUAGAAUGUCAGAUGCUUCAUGCUUGAUACCACUUCAUCCACCCUGCUUGAUUGUAUGCCUAACAUCUUCAUCAAAUCCCCUCUCUAUAGCAUUGAUCCUAAAUACUUAAAGGUUUCCUUCCUAGGCACUACUUGACCUUCCAAACUAAUAUCUUCUUCCUCAUUUGUAGUAGUAUCGAAAUCAUAUCUCAUAUUUAGUUUGAGUUCCAUUGAGUCUAAAACCUUUGGACUCUAGAGUCUCUCGCCACAACUCUAGUUUCCUAUUUAUUUUUGCCUGGCUUUCAUCAAUAAGCACUACAUCAUUCGAAAAAAGCAUACACCAAUGGAUAUCCUCUUGUAUUUCUCUUGUGACCUUAUUCAUCACCAACGCAAAAGGUAGAGGCUCAAAGCUGACCCUUUGAUGUAGUCCUAUUCUAACGGGAAAGUCAUCUGUAUGCCCAUUAUUUGUUCAAAUACUAGUCACAACGUUGUUGUACAUGUUCUUAAUGGGUCCAACGUACUUUGUUGGAACUCCAAAGUUCACGACAUAACAUCCCUUGGUAUUUUGUCAUAAUCCUUCUCUAAGUCAAUGAAAACCAUGCGUAGAUCCUUCUUCUGCUCCCUAUACUACUCCAUCACUUGUCUUAUUAAGAGAAUGGCUUCCAUGGUUGACCUUUCGGGAACGAAACCAAUUUGGGUUCAAAAGAGUUCGUCGUUAUUCCUCUCAGAUGAUGCUGGAUAACUCUGUCCCAUAACCUCAUAUUAUGGCUCAUCAACUUAAUUCUUGGGUAAUUAGUAUAACUUUGAAUAUGUCCCUUAUUCUUAUAGAUUGGUACCAAUAUACUUCUCCACUCAUCAUGCAUCUUGUUCGACCAGAAUAUAUGGUUGAACAAAUUGGUUAGCCAUACUAUUCUAUGUCCUUGAGGCGUUUUCACACAUCAAUUGGGAUACCAUCAGGGACCAUCACCUUACCCCUUUUCAUUCUUCUCAAUGCUUCUCUAACCCUAGAUUCUUGGAUCCUACACUUAGUGUCAUCAAAAGAGUCAUCCAACUGAAAGGUUGUGUCCCCAUUUUUCCCAUUGAACAAUUUGUCAAAAUACUAUCGCCACCUAUGUCUGAUCUCACCCUCUUUCAUCAAGAGGUGCUUCGUUCCAUCUCUAAUACACUUAACUUGGUUGACGCCCUACCCUUUCUCUCAUGGACCCUAACCACCCUAUAUACGUCCUUCUCUUUUUUCUUCUUACUCAAACAUUGGUAAAGAUACGCCCUACCCUUUGCCACACUUAUUGCUUGCUUCACAGUCUUCUUUGUUACCUUGUACUUCUCUAUGUUGUCCACACUCCUAUCAUGGUACAAACGUAUGUAACAUUCUUUCUUCUUAGUAGUCAUUUGGACUUUCUCAUUCCACCACCAAAUAUCUUUAGCUUUGCCUUCGCUCCUUUUAAUUGCUUCACGCACCUCUAAGGCCACCUUUUGAAUGUCUCUCACAUGUUGUUUGCAUCUUCUUCCUUCUAAGGCUGAGUCCAAUGGAUGUCGCAUGCGCCAACGCAACCACCGCACCGGAGCUCCAAAUGUGCAGGCGAAAAAGCAAACCGUCCAAUAGCUUGCGGAUGCGAGUGCACAUCCUCUCUUGCAGAGGAGAUAGAAAGCGUGGAUAUGCACGAUCAUGUGGCUGACUACACAUUUUAUGCAACAACAUCCGUGACGUGUUGGAAGUGUGAAUAGUGCGUCUCGGCCGUGCAAAAUGCGCAUGCGAGAGCCGAUUCACACUCCGCUGGACAUAGCCUAAGUGUUCUCUUCGAUGGCUCUUUCCUUAAAGACUCCUAUGUUAUUCCCUUUCAGUUUCCACCACUUUGUUCUCGCAAUCUUGGUUUGUUUAUCUCUACAGACACACAUGAAAUGGAAAGAUCGCCACCACAAGCUUAUGUUGAGAGACAACACACUCCCCAUGUAUCACCUUACAAACCAAGCUUACUAGUCUAUCCUCUCUUCUUGUGAGGAUAAAGUCAAUCUAACUGGAUUAUUGACCACUACUGUAGGUUACUAAAUGGGAUUCUCUUCGUAAAGAAAGUGUUGGCUAUCAACAUGACAAAAGAUGACGCGAAGUCCAAGACUUCUUAUUCCUCUUGAUUCCUACUACCAUACCCAAAACCUCUAUGAACCGCCUCGAAGUUUGCACUUGUUGUGUCUACAUGCCAUUGAGAUCUUCUUUGAAAAGCUUCUCACUAAUAGGUAUAGUUCUAACCAUGUCAUCUACAUCUUUCUAGAAAAGUCUCUUAGCACUCUUAUUAUGACCUACUAGGGGGAUACAUGCUAAUUACACUCAAGACCAAAUCACCGCCACCAAGAUUGACUAAGACAAUCCUAUCUCCUUGCCUUCACACAUCCACCACAUCAUUCUUAAGGCUCUUAUCAAUCAAAACUUCUACUUCAUUUCUAUUUGCAGUUGUCCCCGUGUACGGAGGCUUGAAUCCUGUCUUGUCCACCUUCUUGGCCUUCUGACCUUUCUAUUUAGUCUUUUGGACACAUAAGAUUUUUACACGUCUCCUAGUUGUCGUCUCAACAAACUCUAUUAACUUACCUGUAAGCGACCCUCCAUUCCAACUAUCUAGACGAAUCCUUGUUGGUUCGACUAGCUUCCUUACCAUUCACACCCGUUGAUGAUGUGAAGGCCCUUGCACAUUUUUUCACUACACCUGGGCGUCAAUGUAGUGCGCCACUAAGUAGCGGCUUGAUCCUUGCUCACUUGACACCAUACCCAGAUCGUGACACGACGUGUCACCAAGGGAGUGUCGAUCGAUCCUUACCCAUUAACACCAUACUUGGGUUCUGAUACGGUACGUCGAUAAGAGGGUUACGUCCUAACGAAUUUCUUUUAGGUUUUAUCUCCAUUAGAAUGGCUAGGUUUAAUGUUGGCUCACCAACCCUAUCACAACUCUCCUUUACCAGAGCUUAGGGCCUGCUAUGUCAAGACAACAUAGGCAUAAUAGUGUUGAAGUCACAUCUCAUAUAUCCGAUCUUAGUUCUACUGAGUCUAAAACCUUUGGACUCGUCUUCCGCCACAACUCUAUUUUCCUAUUUAGUCUUGCCCGACUUUCAUCAAUAAGCACUACAUCGUCUGCAAAAAGCAUACACCAAGGGAUAUCCCCUUGUAUGUCCCUUGUGACCUUAUCCAUCACCAAGGAAAAAAGGUAAAUGUUCAAAGCCGAUCCUUUGAUAUAGUCCUAUUUUAGCUGGGAAGUCAUUUGUAUGCCCAUCACUUGUUCAAACACUAGCCACAACAUUUUGUAGAUGUCCUUAAUGAGUCCAACAUACUUUGUUGGAACUUUAUGUUGUCCAAAACCCACCACAUAACAUUUCUUGAUAUUUUUAUAUAAGCCCUCUCCAAGUCAAUGAAGAUCAUGUAUAAUUCCUUCUUCUGCUCCCUAUAUUGCUCUAUUAACUGUCUUAUUAAGAAAUUGGCUUCCAUGGUUGACCUUCCUAACAUGAAACCAAAUUGGUUCAUGGAGAUCCUCGUUAUUUUUCUCAGGCUGAUAUACUAGUUAAGGGUCAAAACUGAUGUGCAAUCAAGCUUACCGUGCAAUUGUUGUGCAAUGAAACUAUCAAAAUUAUUGAAAAAUCCUAAAAAAAGUCAUAGUUGUACUUCGUCAUAUACCCUACCAAUAUAUCAAAUUUUAAGUUCUAAUUCAUCCUAUGCUAAGAGAGAUAAAAAAGAGAAUCCUAUGUCGCAGAGUAAACUCCAACCGGGUGGCGGAAUGCACCCACCUAAUCCUAGGAACAGGGGCAACCUAGGGUUUGCCUGAUGAGAUGGACGGACACGAAAACACACAAGGGUUUAGAGUGGUCCAGGCCACCGGAGCGUAAUACCCUACUCCACUCUGAGUUGUAUUGUUGAGAGCUUGAGAAAGCCUGUGUCUGGAUGAAGAUGUUCCCGAGGGAGUUCAAGUGAGCUUGUCCCGUCCCCGAGUCCUUGGAUGGGCUCGAGAGCGGUCUCCUUGUAGCGUAUGUGCCAUCCCUUUUUUUAGCUCAAGGGUGGCACAAUACAAGGGUACUGGGCCCCGACAGGUGGGCCCAGGAAUAUAAUAAUAUGAAGCGUGGAGCAACAGAUAGACCUGGGUGGACCAAGGUCUUCUCUUGCGGUGGGCAGAUAUUUUCACUUGGUCACCGUGUGGAUUCUCUAACCAGAUUCACCUUCGUCUUGUCUUGUUAUCGUGUGGGCGAAGGCUCUAGUGUAGUUUUUUUUCGGAAAACGUAGGAGAACUGCGUCUCAUUAUAUUAAGGAGAAAAGGUCUAAGAAGACCAGGUACAACAAGGUAGACUUCCUUACGGAGGACGAAAAACCAGAAAACCAAAAUAAUCCAUCCGAGAACAGCAACCUACUACUGGUCUAAACCCCCUUCGAGACUAGCCCUCAAGGAGAGGGGCAUAUAGGUAGGAAAGGCCUUUAGCCCCGGCCAUUUCCCACAUUCAUCUUUCCUCCAAAGCCAUCCUAAUGGAUAAAGACACAUUAGGGUUCCAGUUAUCGAAGACACAUUUGUUGCGAUGGUUCCAAAUAAUGUAUGCCCCCAAAGCAAUCAGAGAAUUGAGCCCCUUUCUAACAAGACUUCUGACCGAAGAAGAGGCUUCUUCCCACCAGCUCAUGAAGAAGGACAAACCAAGUUGAGGGGCUCUGGUGUAGGUUGCGACGUAGAUUGGUACAUCGUCUUGUGUAGAGGGGUACAUGGACGGUGUCGUCCUGUCCCCUCCGCCUGUCUUGCAGCGGGAAUAGUAGAAGUCAUGAUGAGGGUUGUCCAUGCGCGGCGCAGAGAGUCAAUGGUCUCGCCUCGGUAACACGCCGGUUACUGGCGCGACCCAUGCCUUGCGUACCGCACACGACUGUUGGAAUAUAAUAUAAGUAAAUUGUCCACCUCUUCUUAUCGGCUUAAGCUUUUGGUUUGAAUUGGUUGGUGCAUGCAACUUAAUAUGGUAUCAUAGCCAGAGGUCACGAGUUCGAAUCCUGGUUAGCGCAAUUAAAAUAAAAUAAUUGUUGCUCGCUCCUAUUCCACGUCUGAGACCCAAGAGAGGCUCGAUGUGAGGGAGAGUGUUGGAAUAUAAUAUAAGUGACUUGUCCACCUCUUCCUAUCGGCUUAAGCUUUUGGUUUGAAUUGGUUGGUGCAUGCAACUUAAUAACACCUGUCACUUGUGUGAAUAGGCGCGCAUCUUGCCCGCAUUUAAUGUGGAUGGCCCCUACGCUUGUGGCACGCGUCGGGCCAUGCCUGGCGGCUUUCGCCAUGCGCCACAUGCCACGUGCCAGCACCGGAUCUCUGCCUGAGCAGAGAGCAGAGGCUGGGAACGUAUGCAGACGUGGCACCCCUGGACCUCCUCUGGCUAGGGUUUUGGAGGACACUUGUGGAGGCCCGAGUCCCAUCCGUAACGGUCUGGACACGUGGCGCCACCAGACCUCCCCUGGUCGGAGUCCCGAAUGUCACACGUAGGGAUCCGGGACCGUCCCAUGGGGGUCGGGCCCCAGGCUGUAAUUGCUGAGCAAUUAUACCGACGAGACCCGUGGUGACACCGUUCCGGUGGCCUUGUUAGACGGGCUCAGGCUCUGAGUCGUGGUAGAUUGCCCGUCACCCCGUGGCUAUGGAUAGCCACACGGGUCUCGCCUUGACCCAGCAAGAGUGGGUACCCUAGUUUAGGGGUACCGACAUCCUAUCCAACAAAAAAUGAUAGAUUUUUUUGUAUCUCUUAACAUAUGAUGAAUUAGAACUUGAAUUUUGAUAUAUUGUUAGAGUAUAUAAUGAAGUACAACUAUAUUUUUUUGAGAUUUUUUCAUGACGUUUGGUAGUUUGAUUGCACGAUGAUUGCACAAUAAGUUCACAGCAGUUUGACCCACUACUUAAUCCUUGUGCCCAGGUGUUUAUGAGUAGCUCUUAUGUUAUAUGUUACUAUGGGUUUGGUACCUGCUUUUAACAUUCAAUUUUUCUUUGGCUCAUUGCAACAAUCUGAAGGCAUAGUCCACCGUCUACUCUUCAACACAUUGGCGCAUAUUUUCCUGGGUCAUUGAUUUUUUUACCCAAAACUAUGGGUAAAACCCUCCAGCAUGAUCAAAAUUGACAAAUCUAAAGCUCCGUUUGGAUGUCGAUAUUGGAGAGCAAGAAUUGAAUUGGGUUCAAUACCAAAUCAGCCAUAGAAUUGAAAUGAAAUAUAAUUCUAAUUCUAUUGUUUGGAUGUCUCUGAAUUGGAGUUUAGAAUUGUGCGGUCUAAUUCCACGCAAUUCAAAGGGGUGACACUUUGUAUUGGGAGAAAGAGUUUCUAGUUAUAGUCCAAUUUCAGGAAAUUGGGUCUCGGAUUCCAAAUCUCAAUUCUAUCUGCAACCAAACAACAGAAUUCAGAAAAGCUGGUUCCAAUUCUCAAUUCGGUGCUCCAAUAUCUACAUCCAAACGGGGUAUAAAAGGAUUUUAUGUACAAGCAGGCUACAAAGAACUAGGGGGAUUACGGAAAGUGAAAUAAGUUUUUUUUUCCCAUGCUACUCGCUACAUAUUGCUAGACUUAUGCAGUUACUAAUCAGUAAUCACUAACAGUUUUUGCAUUGUUGGUGUGCCAGUACCAGUUCGGUGCUCAUGCUCUAAGAUAUGAUAUAGGAUUGGAAAGAUGGCGUCAAAAGGUCCCCGGUCAAAGUUAGACCAUGAGACAAGAGCUAGGCGUCAGAAGGCUCUUGAAGCUCCAAGGGAGCCUCGACGACCAAAAGUUCACUGGGACCAUGUCCUUGCUGAGAUGAUGUGGCUGUCAAAGGAGUUUGAUUCUGAGAGAAAAUGGAAGUUGUCCAUGGCCAAAAAGAUUGCUCAAAGAGCAAAUAAGAGCAUAGUUGACCAAGCAACAAAGGGCGAGAGAAAACAGAAGGAGAAAGAACAUAGAAUGCGAAAAGUUGCCCUUAAUAUUUCAAAGGAUGUGAAGAAGUUCUGGAUCAAAAUAGAAAAGCUGGUUGUUUAUAAGCACCAGCUGGAGCUUGAGGAGAGAAAGAAGAAGGCACUUGAUAAGCAACUUGAUUUUCUUUUAGGUCAGACUGAAAGGUAUUCGACAAUGUUGGCGGAAAAUCUUGUGGAUAUGCCCUAUCCCGAAAACCUAGAAAACAGGACUUCACAGAUAAACCAACGAUCCCAUCAAGAGGAAGUACCAGAAAAGAACUUAAAUGCAACCAUUUCUGAUGAUUUUGAUAAUAUGGAAGUCGAUGAUGAUUAUGAGAGCUCCUUGGACGAAGAGCCAGAAGAUGAUGAGCACACAAUUGAUGAGGAUGAAGCUCAGAUCACUGAAGCUGAGCGCAACGAAGAACUAGCUGCUUUAGAGGCAGAAGCUGAUCUACCACUUGAUGUUAUUCUCAAGAUGUACACAAAAACUAAAGGUGAUCUCCAACAACAAUUCUCUCUUAUCCACUUCCAUACAUAGGGAAGGCAGUCCAGAUAGCAAAGACAUGCUAAGUAACUUAGGUUCGAAGAUUUUGAUUGUAGAUUCUUUGAAGCAGGCUAAUGGGCGUGAUCAUGAACCUGCUCACUCUUCAAGUGAAGAUGGCAAUUCUUCUGAGGAAGUGGAUGAUGGCCAUUCUUAUGCUGAGUUUGUGAAGAAGAAUCAUGGUAAAAGUAACGGAAAUAUUUCUUCUAUCAAUGACCAGGAGGACAAAGAUUACAUUGCUACUGAAGAAGUAAAGGAUGAUGAAGCAACUUUGUCUGAAGAGGAAGAAUUGGCAAAAAAAGAAGAUCCUGAUUAUCUGGAAGAGGUUAAGUUACUGCAGAAGGAGAGCGAGAUACCACUAGAAGAACUUCUCGCGAGGUACCGAGAGGAUGGCUGUGCAGAUCAUGAAACAGCGGAGUUGAAGAAUUCACCCCAUUUUGUUGAAGAGGUCAAUACUGACAUGUCUUUGGAUGAUCAAUCUGUGAGCAUUUUGGAAGCGAAAAGUGAUUUAUUUGUGGAUCACCAAUCCAGGGAUGUGCUGGAAACUGAGGACACGGCUCCACGAUCAGAAAUCGCAUCAGAGCCUUGUGCUAAACAAAAUUUUGAUGAAGAGAAUAAUCUCACUGAUGUUAAGACAGUCAAUGGAGAUAAGAGUGAUGAUGUAAAGAGUGAUGAUGUAAUUGCUGAUGCUGCAGCUGCUGCAAGAUCAGCACAACCAACUGGCAACACCUUCUUGACUACAAAAGUGCGCACGAAAUUCCCAUUCCUUCUUAAGCAUUCUCUUCGUGAAUACCAGCAUAUAGGGCUGGAUUGGUUAGUUGCUAUGUAUGAGAAGAGGCUUAAUGGAAUUCUAGCAGACGAAAUGGGUUUAGGCAAGACAAUCAUGACUAUCUCCUUGCUUGCACACCUUGCGUGUGAGAAGGGGAUAUGGGGUCCUCAUCUUAUUGUCGUGCCGACUAGUGUUAUGCUAAAUUGGGAGACUGAAUUUCUUAAGUGGUGUCCUGCUUUUAAAAUACUGACUUAUUUCGGAAGCGCAAAGGAGAGAAAGCAGAAGCGUCAGGGCUGGAUGAAACCAAAUUUCUUCCAUGUUUGCAUCACAACAUAUAGGCUUGUCAUACAGGACUCUAAAGUGUUUAAGAGAAAGAAGUGGAAGUAUCUUAUUCUUGAUGAGGCUCAUCUGAUAAAGAACUGGAAAUCACAACGUUGGCAGACUUUGCUCAACUUUAAUUCAAAGAGACGUAUUCUUCUGACUGGAACUCCACUGCAAAAUGACCUUAUGGAACUUUGGUCCCUCAUGCAUUUUCUGAUGCCUCAUGUGUUUCAGUCUCAUCAAGAGUUCAAGGAUUGGUUCUGCAAUCCAAUUUCUGGGAUGGUGGAAGGUCAAGAUAAAGUAAACAAAGAAAUUAUAGAUCGGUUGCACAAUGUCCUUCGUCCAUUUAUACUGCGUCGACUGAAAAGAGAUGUUGAGAAACAGUUACCAAAGAAGCAAGAGCAUGUCAUAUAUUGCCGACUUUCUAGAAGGCAAAGAAACUUGUAUGAAGAUUUUAUUGCUAGCUCAGAGACUCAAGCAACACUGGCAAGUGGGAAUUAUUUUGGCAUGAUAAGCAUCAUUAUGCAACUUAGAAAGGUCUGUAACCAUCCAGAUCUUUUUGAAGGUCGGCCAAUAAUAAGCUCAUUUGACAUGGCUGGGAUUAACAUGCAGCUCAGCUAUUCAGUCUGCAUGCUCCUUGAUAAGAGUCCAUUUUCUCAGGUGGGACUGUCUGAUAUGAAUUUAGUGUUUACGCAAAAUGAAUUUAGCAUGAGUUCCUGGGAAGCUGAUGAGGUCAUUUCUGCCUUUCCUUUGAGUACCACUUCCUGGAACCAUGACCUUGAUACUUUUUGCUCUAAUAAGGAUCGUCAGGGAAGUAAUUUGACAAACAUUUUUGAAGAUAUUCAGAAAGCACUACAGGAGGAGAGAAUAAAGGAAUCCAGAGAAAGGGCAGCUUCCAUUGCAUGGUGGAAUAGAGUUAGAUGCCAAAAGAGGCCUGUCUAUGGCACAAACAUGAUACAUGUUUUGACUGUAAAGCAUCAUGUAUCAAAUAUUCUUGAUAAGAGGAACAACCCUUUGUGCCACAUGGACUAUUCAUCAAGCCUUGCAGAUCUUGUUCUUCCAUCUGUGGAACGCUUUCAGAAAAUGCUUGAUAUUGUUGAAUCAUUUACAUUCGCAAUUCCUGCUGCUCGAGCUCCUCCCCCUGUUUGCUGGUACAGCAAAGGAAACUCUCCUGUUUUUAUUGAUCCAGCAUAUAGAGAAAAAUGCAUGAACGAGUUUUCUCCCAUCCUGUCUCCUAUAAGGUCUGCUAUUGUUCGACGUCAAGUCUACUUUCCUGAUAGGCGUUUGAUCCAGUUUGAUUGUGGGAAGUUGCAGGAACUUGCUAUUCUGUUAAGGCGCUUGAAGUCAGAAGGGCACAGGGCCUUGAUAUUUACUCAGAUGACUAAGAUGCUUGAUGUCUUGGAAGAGUUCAUAAAUCUAUAUGGAUAUACAUAUUUACGUUUAGAUGGUUCUACUCCCCCAGAAGAGAGGCAGACUCUGAUGCAGAGGUUCAACACAAAUCCAAAGUUCUUCCUUUUCAUUUUGUCCACUCGAAGUGGUGGUGUGGGAAUCAACCUUGUAGGUGCAGACACUGUCAUCUUCUAUGACAGUGACUGGAACCCUGCAAUGGACCAACAAGCACAGGACAGAUGCCACAGGAUUGGUCAGACUCGUGAAGUUCACAUAUAUAGACUCAUUAGUGAAAGCACUAUAGAGGAGAACAUUCUCAAGAAAGCAAAUCAGAAACGAGCUCUUGAUGAUUUAGUGAUACAACGAGGUAGCUACAAUACGGAAUUCUUCAAGAAACUUGAUCCUAUGGAAUUCUUUUCCGGGCACACAUCUCUUCAUGCAGAAGAUCAGGAGAAGAAUUGCUCUACAACCUCAGGAGUUUCAAAUGAUGUUGAUCUGGCUCUGUCAAUUGCAGAUGUUGAAGCAGCUAUUAGACAAGCAGAAGAUGAAGCUGACUAUAUGGCUCUCAAGAAGCUGGAGGAGGAAGAAGCCGUGGACAAUCAAGAAUUCAGUGAGGAGGCUGCGGGCAGACAAGAGGAGGAUGAAUUGGUUAAUGAGGAGAAUGGAAAACCCGAUGAGCACAUUAACGAAGAACAAAAAUAUAACUCUUCUGAUGUAGAGAAGGAGAAGCACAUUACUCUGUCUACCAAUCGAUUAAAUAAGGAAAAGGCUCUUACAUUGGCUGUUGGUGAUGAAGAUACUGACAUGCUUGCUGAUGUGAAACAGAUGGCAGCUGCAGCAGCUGCAGCAGGACAAGCGAGUUCAUCAUUUGAGAACCAGCUCCGGCCAAUUGAUAGAUAUGCAAUGCGCUUUAUGGAACUCUGGGAUCCAGUAAUUGACAAAGCUGCUUUAAAUCAUCAAGUAAAUGUUGAGGAGGAAGAAUGGGAGCUUGAUCGUAUUGAAAAAUUCAAAGAGGAUUUAGAAGCAGAAAUUGAUGAGGACCAAGAACCACUUUCUUAUGAAUCAUGGGAUGUUGAUUUUGCUACGACAGCCUAUCGGCAACAUGUUGAGGCUUUAACUCAAAAGCAGUUGUUAGAAGAACAGGAAAGGCAAGCUCAGGAAGCAACAAAAGAGUUGGAGGAGAAGAAUGAUAAUAUGAGCAGUCACCACAGAAAGUCAAAAAAGAACAAAAAGAAGACAGGCAAACUCAAGCCCCUGAAAAGAGUGCGUCUGUCGCCUGAAUCAGAAGUCAUACUGGAGGAAACCUCUGUAGAUAAUGCACCCUCACCUGAGCUUACAAGUGAUGAAUCGCCACACCAUUAUUGUAACAAGCGUAAGAAGAUUACGGUUGCCACUGAGGAAAAUAGUAACAGCAGAAGUUUAAAGAAGCUCAAGAAAACUACUAAAUCAAGUUUUAUUUCUGAAGCCUUGUCACCUAGGCUGAAGGAGGACCUUAAUGAUUCAGAUUCAAAAUCAGUGGGUAGAACUAAAAGUGAUGGCAGAUUUUUCAUCCCUUGCAUGCCAGUGAAACGUGUUAUUGUAAUAAAGCCUGAGAGAUUGAAAAGGAAGGGAAUAUGGUCUCGAGAUUGUGCUUCAGACUCAUGGUCAUCUGAGGAAGAUGCAGUUCUUUGUGGAACUGUUCAUGAGUAUGGUCCACUUUGGGAAUUGGCAAGUGAUUUUCUUCAUUUUUUGCCAGGCGGUUCCUUGUAUAGGGGAAGAUAUCAUCAUCCUGUGCAUUGCUGUGAGAGAUACAGAGAACUGUUCUGCAAACAUGGAAUGUCAGCAACAGAUAAUUCUAACAGUGAAAAGGUUCCUUCUGGGACUGGAAAGGCUAUACUUAGAGUGUCUGAGGAUCAAGCUCAGAUGUUGGUGAAUGUGACCAGUGAACUUCCUAACAAUGAAUUGCUUCUCCAGAAACACUUCAUGGCUGUAAUUUCGUCUGUUUGGAGAUCAAAAUGUCACCGUGAUACCUCCUGUUUUACGAACACUUACUCUAGUGCAUUACAUGUGUUUUCUCCUGUGAAGAAACCUGGUGGAUCAUGUGAGAACUGGCCCAUGGUAAACUUUAGACCAAGCUUCAAUCUAGUUAGGAAAGCCCUUGCAGAUGUUCAGGCUAAGUCUACACUAAUGGUGAUUCCACCUCCGUCAAGGAAUCAGGAAUACCCAUGCAAUUAUUUAGAAUUAGAGUUAGAUUUCUUGAAAGAUCAACAUGCUUAUGAUGAAGACAUCCCAUCUGUAGUAAAUGUGUCCAUACAGGAACCAGAACCAUCCAAACAGACGCCAGAGCCAGUGGAACAAUCGUUGUUGUCUGCACUUUCUUGUAGACAGGCUGAGAACCGGCUCAGGAUAGCAUCAGAAGCUUGUUAUGAUGGUGAAAGUUCUCAUUGGGCAUCAUCAGCUUUUCACAUAAAUGAUGCUGCCCGCCACAAAUCUGGUUCAAAGUCUAUAGGAAAGCACAAAGCCGCAUUGGAAUCUGGUAGACUUCUCAAAUCCAAAGUUCAGAAGAUUACUGAAUCGCAUCAGGAAGGGGCAAUUGCUAUGAGUAGUUUUCUCCGUAUGCCUGCUCAACUAUUGCCAAGUACAGCUGACUUCCACAUUAGUGACUCCCUAUCUGACUUUGGUAUCAGAGAUUCUGAAUUCUAUUUUUCCGAGGAUCUCUUGCAAGAGGUUGACGCCCUUGAGUUCUUCCCAGAUCAGGGUGACUCUGGUCUCCUUCCUGGUAUUGAAGAGUUAGAAUCUCUUUCGGAUUUCACAGAUAUCGGAUGAACAUAGAUGAGCAAAUUAUUGUUGAUGGGAUGCCCUCCUAUACCAAGAGGAGACAAGAUUGCCUCUGGCAGGAGCCCAAGGAUACAGGUUGAAUUGCUCAGCCGUGCACAGAUGUGUUGCAAGCAGCAAGCUAUCAUCAUGGCUGGCUGGAGCAAAGCACUGGCUUGGUGAGGUCACAUUGAUCUGACAAGCUCGGAGGAUGGGUUUGCACUAAUGGCGGCAUUUGGGUAAUUUCCAUACAUGUAUGUAUAUUGGUAGUCUAGAAUCGUAGGAUGUAGAAAUGCCUCCCUCAUUUGUGUUUGAGGGUAGGACCUUGUAACUCGACCACAUGGAAAUUUUGUUGAGCAGGUACCAACAUAGAAGGGAAAAGAAGAGGCCCUCAGCAUCACCCAUUUGUCGCUGUAUCUCUUGUUAUGUUCAUUCUCUGUUUAAUCCAAUGCUGUUUGGCUAUCUUGCCAUUGAAAACAUCUCAGAUGUCAAGUUGGUGGUGUACAUAUCUAUCAGAAGUUUAGGAUGCGGCGUCAAUAUAGCUGCCAAAGAAUGAUCAGUCAAGUGCAACUUAUGGGCACAUUAUAUAUUUGGUCAGGACUCAACGCAUGGUAUCAAUAUUGGCAGAAAUGGUGUUCCAGAUGCACUUGAGGACUGCAAUUUCUGGUUUGAUUGAGACACCGGAGACAGGUUUUUCAUAGGAGGUAAAGAGCGUGGUCAUAGUUGUACAUGUAAUAAAAUUAUGUAGGGUAGUAAUCUCCAUCCUGUACUUUUGGGCUUAUGGUUCUUUGGACUCUCGGUCUCGGUUAUGCACUUGUAGAACAGCGGGCUGCUGCUGUGAGCCUGUAACAAUGCUAUUGAUUGUUCCCCACCAUAUUGUUGUU